GUCCCUUUUUUAUUGAUUUGCCUACUGCCCAAGCUUUGAUUACUAAAGGCGCAGUUCUUUCAAGAUAUUUUAUUCAAAGACUUCUUUUGCAUUAUGGAAGUUAUGAUCCAACAUUAAUUAGAUUAAAGAUUACUCAUAAUGUUGGACAAAUUGACCCCAAUCGAACAAAGUCGUUGCAACAAAAAAUACGUGCGCCUUGGGCUAGCGACUUACAAUUGUCAGUCUUUGCUUAUUUUCUAACGAUGGCGCAAAAUCAAUUUGUAACAA